GUUGCUGUCGAAUUUGAAAACGGAGACUUGAAGUUCCUCCCGCCUGCCAGUAAGGAAGAAGAAGCUAGACGUCGAAGCUGAUCACAAUGGUGCAACGAAGGUUCCCACCAGUCUCCUCCGUUGCCACCAUGGCGGCCCUGCUGCUGCUUGCAUUCCUAAUGUCGGCUAUCCAUGUACAAGCUGCAUCCCCGGAAGCGGGAACGGUCAAGAUCUUGGGUUUCAAGUACGAAGGUGAUGCCUGCCCGCCAGGGUCUGCGGAGGGGGCAGUAUCGGAUGACGGACAAGCAAUCACUAUGAUGUUCAGCAAGUACACUGCGUCGACAGACGCUGGCGUGGACAGGCUGAGGAAGAGCUGCACGGUGACGGUCAAUCUGAGUUAUCCGCCAGGUUUCCGCUUCCACUUGGGGACGGUCACUAUGCGCGGAUACGCCAAGCUGGACGCGGGCGUGAUUGCAACCGCUCAGACCAGUUACUAUAUCUCCGGGAUACCAGGGACGGCUCGAGCCAAGCGCGUCAUCACCGGUGCUUUCGAUGAUGACUUCGAGUUCACGGACAAGUUCAAUGUGCUGCUGUACAGCGAGUGCAACGUCAUCAGAGACCUCAACCUCAUAUCCGAAGUGCGGCUGGUUGCUGGACUCAUCACCGGGCGCGAUGACGAUCUCAAGCUAACGCAGGAGCUCGCCAUCGUCUGGGAGUCGUGUUAAGCUCCGGGCGGCGAUCCAACAUCGUCAGCUUUCCAGCUUGCCAGC